CCGUACACGCCGUACACGCCGUACACUCUGCUCUACUCUGCUCUGCCUGUGCCUGUGCUGGGUUCGGUUCAGUUCAGUUUAGUUCUCAGUUUUAGUUUAUUUCCUCAGCUGUCGACGACGACGACGACGACGGCGUUUGGGGCGAGAGAACACGGGGCCGCGAUUAGAGGAAUAUUCCGCCAAAUGGCAAUUGGAUUCGGAUCGGGCAUUGCAUUCCCAUUACCCCCGUAGAGUGUGUCGCGAGUCGUGAGUCGCGAGUCGGGCCUACAUAUAUAUAUAUGUAGAUCUAUAGAUCUGUAGAUAUUUUAAAUUCGAGAAAUAGGUGAACCAAGGAGUGGCCCUGCUCUGAGCACAGCUCCCUGCCCAUACGACACCAUUCUGGGCAACCUUGAACUUGGACUGCAUUUCGUGUGUGUCUGUUUCAAUUAGAUGCAGGCAUUCAACCUGUCAUUCAUUCAGUGCGCCAAUCAUUCAGUCAGUCAGUCAAUGCGCUGUAACGCGUGUGACAGAGAGUGUAAAAAUAAAAUAACACCCGAGGCGGAGGCGGAGGCGGAGGCUGAGGCUGAGGCUGACGCUGAGGCAAAGGUAAAGGCAACAGGCAUAAAGCAUUAAGCAUCAAUAGCAACCGAAAUAAAAACUAAAAAUAAUCAUCGUUGCCAAUUUGCGCACUAGCCAAGGAGAGGGCGAAAUACUAUAGAGGAUAUAGCAACAGCAAUGGAAUCCGCUGAGAAGAAGGUCUACCAGAACACCACUCGGCCCCUGGACAAGGCCCCCUCGGCUCGGUACUACAACAGGAACGACAAGAGCGAUCUGGGCGAUGACUUUGUGGCCCCCGAUGGCGGCUGGGCGUGGCUGGUGUGCGUCGCCGCUGGCGUUUCCAAUCUGUCCAUCUAUCCGUGUCUGCAGCAGUUCGGCUUCCUGUUCAGAGAGCGCCUGGGGGACCUGGGCAUGUCCAGCUCUCAGAUCACGGCCAUCAUCAACACGAAUCCGGCGGUGUCCGCCUGCACGGGCCUGCUGAAUGGGCCGAUGUUCCGGCGCUUCACCUUUCGCCAGGUGGCCAUGGCCGGCUCCCUGCUGAUCUCCAGUGGAAUAGUGCUCACAGCCUUCUGUGAGACAUUCGUCGGCUAUAUGGUGGCCUAUGCCCUGCUCUUCGGCUUUGGCAUGGGCAUCAGUGUUUCGGCUUCUUCGCUGGCCAUCAACACGUACUUCCAGAAGAAGCGCCGCAAGGCCGCUGGCUUCUCGUGGACCAUCACGGGCCUGGGUCCCAUCUUCCUGCCGUAUCUGGUCACGUUCCUGCUGACCGUCUACGGCGUCCAGGGCACCGUGCUGCUCUUUGCCGCCAUUUCGCUGCACUCCUUUGUCAGUGCCAUGAUCUACCAGCCGGUGCGGUACCAUGUGAACGGCAGCAGCACGGAGCCGGAGCUGCUGGUGGAGCAGCAGCAGCAAGCGCCGGAGGCGCUGUGCGCCCACUGCGCCUGGCAGCAGAAGCGCGAGCCGGGGGGGAUCUUCUCCAGCCAGUACCUGUGCCAGGACGACGAUGCCCAGCGGCCUGGCUAUGAGAUCUGUGAGCCGGGCACCCCCAUGCUGUCGCGUGCGAACGACGGCUGGUUCGGGUCACGGCCCUCGCUGACCUCGGGACGCCUGCGCUUUCGCACUGUGUCGAGCUCCAAGGAUCUGGAGCAGACGCAGCGCCUGCACUGUCCCAUCAGCGAGGAGCACCAGGGCGACGACGAGUUCCUCAGGCCAAACAACUUUCGCCGGGAGCGCGUCGAGUCCAAUCUGGAGGCGAAGCUCUGCUGCAGGUGCUCCGAGCACCGGGCCAUUGCCCGGGAGGACAACAACAACAAGGAUCCUGACGUGCAGACCAGUCCAGGGGAAAUAGGCUUCCUCCAGAAGGUGGUGACCUUCUUCGACCUGGACCUGCUGCGCGACUUCACCUUCGUGAAUCUCGUUGCGGGGCUGACGAUCAUCAACUUUGGGGAGCUCAACUUCUCCAUCCUGACGCCGUUCAUCCUGGUCGACUUCGGCUUCGAGACCUCCCAGAUCACGCUGGCCAUGUCCCUGCUGGCCGGCCUGGACAUCACCAUGCGCUUCCUGGUGCCCUUCCUGACCGAGAAGAUCCCCUGGGAUAACCGGGUCUUCUUCCUCAUUGGCGUCGUCGGGAUUGCACUGGGCCGCACGGUGGUGGCCUGCACUCGAUCCUACUCCAUGAUCCUGUGCAGCUUCGUGUGGAUUGGGCUGUGCAAGGGCGUGCGCACCAUAUUCUGGCCCCUGAUCAUACCCGGCUACGUGCCGCUGAAUCGACUGCCAGGCGCCUCGGGCCUCCAGCUGCUCAUCUCGGGGCUGUUUACACUCAUCUGCGGACCAUUUGUCGGUCUUGUGCGGGAUCGCUUUAACUAUUCGGUGACCUUGCAUUGUCUCAAUAUGAUGUCCUUUGUGGCCGCCGCCUCCUGGACCCUGGAGGCGCUCAUUCGACGCCAUCGGCGGAAGCAGCGCCUGGAGAAUAGCUGAUCAUCCGUCGGCAUCCCAUCCGGUCCUUCGGCGCUUAAGUUAGAAAAUACUUUCUUUUUUUUUUUGCUAUCUCUAAGAUAAUGUCUUGUAAUACAUUACAAAGUAAAAAGUACAACAUGGUCUAUA